AUGGGCACCGCAGCUAUAUACGAUGCGGCUCUGCACCGUCGACAGGCUCUGAUGGGCUCGAGUGGUCCGGCAGCGCUUGUAAAGAACGCUCGUGUAUUUGCUAUCGCCGCCUUUGCUUGCAUAGGCGGUGUCUUGUAUGGUUACAAUCAGGGGAUGUUCUCGGGUGUCCUCGCUAUGCCCAGCUUCCAAGAGCACAUGGGCGAGUACGACCCUAUCGACCCCAAUGCAGACCAGACUAAAAAGGGCUGGCUAACUGCCAUCCUCGAGCUUGGUGCCUGGCUGGGAACUCUUUUGUCUGGUUUUGUUGCCGAGGCCAUCUCCAGAAAAUACGGAAUUCUUGUCGCAGUAACCGUCUUCAUCGUUGGCGUUAUCAUCCAGGUCACAGCUGUUACCGGGGCGGGCCAUAACAGUAUUCUUGCGGGGCGCUUUAUAACCGGAAUGGGCGUAGGCUCGAUGGCAAUGAUCGUGCCAAUCUAUAACUCCGAAGUUGCCCCACCUGAAAUUCGAGGAGCUCUUGUCUCGCUACAGCAGUUGGCAAUCUGUUUUGGGAUUAUGGUUUCUUUCUGGAUCGACUAUGGGACCAAUUUCAUUGGUGGCACCACGCUUAAAACCCAGAGCGAUGCGGCAUGGCUGACGCCCAUCUGCCUUCAAAUCGCCCCAGCCCUGGUACUUUUUUUUGGUAUGUUGUUCAUGCCCUUUUCGCCAAGAUGGCUAGUCCACCAUGGCCGCGAAGAUGAGGCCCGCAGUGUCCUCGCUCGGCUGCGGGGAUUGACCGCAGACCAUGAGCUGGUUGAGCUGGAGUUCUUGGAAAUCAAAGCGCAGAGCAUGUUCGAGAAACGGACGGUGGCGGAGAAAUUCCCCCAUCUGCGGGAGCAAACUGCGUGGAACACCUUCAAACUACAAUUUGUGGCCAUCAAGAGCCUCUUUCAAACGAAGGCCAUGUUUAAAAGAGUGAUCGUGGCUUGCGUCACGAUGGCAUUCCAGCAAUGGACAGGAAUAAAUGCCGUCCUCUAUUAUGCUCCAACAAUCUUCAGUCAACUCGGCCUUGAUUCCACCGAAACAUCAUUGCUCGCCACCGGAGUCGUCGGUAUCGUGAUGUUCUUGGCUACCAUUCCAGCUGUCCUGUACGUUGACCGCGUCGGGCGCAAGCCGGUCCUAGCAGUUGGGGCGAUCGGCAUGGCUACCUGCCAUAUAAUCAUUGCGGUUAUCAUCGCAAAAAACCGCACGCAGUGGGAGACACAGGCUGCAGCUGGUUGGGCCGCGGUGGCGAUGGUAUGGCUAUUUGUGAUCCACUUUGGAUAUAGCUGGGGACCAUGCGCUUGGAUCCUCGUCGCUGAGAUUUGGCCGCUGUCUGCACGGCCAUAUGGAGUGAGCUUAGGUGCAAGCAGUAACUGGAUGAAUAACUUCAUUGUGGGCCAGGUCACGCCCGAUAUGCUUUCAGCGAUGCCGUAUGGCACAUACAUCUUAUUUGGCCUGCUAACAUAUCUUGGAGCCGUAUUCAUCUGGUUCUUCGUCCCUGAGACAAAGCGGCUGACGCUAGAGGAGAUGGAUGUCAUCUUUGGAAGCGAGGGCACGGCGCAGGCGGAUUCCGAGAGGAUGGAGGAGAUCAAUAAUGAAAUCGGAUUAACGCAGAUGUUAAGGGGCACCGGAUACAGCGCUGGGAAUGAGGAAGAGAUUGAGAAGGAAACGUUGGGAGAGGCGAAGGUGGACACUGUGAACUGA